UCUUUGGCCAAAAGGAGCCUCUCCCUUUUCAGUAGUCAAAGCCAAAAAAGAGAGCUUAGCUUCUUUUUGAAAAUAUGGAUGACGCGUUAUGCGUUGUACUCUCCGCCGCAGCCAAGUGAGCACCCCACCUCUCAUCGACCCUUUUUUCCAUUCUCUUUUUUGGCAUUCGCACUUCUUUUCUUUAAUUUCUUUAUUUUUUACUAGUCCACACUUCGAUUGACCACAUUUCCACGCAUACAUUUGCACACACACAAUAUUUUAAAAGUAACAACCAGAAUCUCAGCGCAACAAUGGAGAGCCUAGGCACUGUAAUUCUGCACCCACUCGUUCUCCUUGGGAUUUCCGACCAAGUGACGCGCAUAGUCGCACAGCACACGCAAACCGCCAACACCAAGCCACGCGUGGCCUGCGGUGUGCUUCUCGGGCGGCAGCUCGAGAGCCAAUUCGAGCUCUCAUUGUCGUUCGAGAUGAAAAUGGACGAGUGCAGCACCGAAGAAAAGCCCGAAAUGGACUUUGCGCAUUUUAAUAUUCGGCUCGAACAGACCAAAAUAAUUUUCCCCAACUACGAUGUCCUCGGCUGGUACAUUGUCAACUCCAGCACAAAUUUAAACAAGGGGAUUAUGCAGCUCCACCAGACGUUUAUCAGCAGCUACCCCUCAGCGUUGCUCAUGGUGUUCGAUAGCACACUGUCUGGCACAGAGAGCCUCGGGGCAGAGUCGAGCAGCAGUUUGUCGCUGCCUGUGGCUAUUUACGAGACGCUGGCUCCAACAAGGAUUGAGAGCUCCAAGCUGGCAUGGGCUGAUCCUGCUGCUGUGCAAAAGGACGCCGAGUUCUAUGUCCAGUGCGCCAACGAUGGAUCUAUCCCGCUCGAGGCCAACACUGCUUGGGCAUCACGGCUACUACCAUUGAAGAUCUCCGUGGAGUCAGGCGAGGCCGAGCGCAUUGCCAUUGAGCACGUGGUCAACACAUCCAAAACCACGACAGAGGACAUCUACGCGUCGGAUGCGUCCGCCAAGCACACAUCAGCGCCCACAGACAAUACCGGGAACGUGUCCAAGAUGGCAGCGUUUCUGUCCAGCCAGCGUAACGCCCUGCAUAUGUUGCACAAAGACAUUAUGGUGCUUAAAGCGUACGUCGGCGAGGUGAUGGCUGGCAAUGCGCCGUUUGAUCCCGAGGUCGUGCAGCUCGUGCAGCGGGUGCUGAGAAACAGGCCUGUGGUGCAGAACGACGAACAGUUUGAUCUGGCCAUGAUGCAAGAGGCGACCAAUUUGCAGCUGUUGUCGUAUUUGGCUGGCAUUACACAUGCUGUAUCGACCGUGCGCGAUAUGGCGCAGCGGUCAAAUACUGCCUUGUCAGUUGGCAGGAACAGACAUGCAGCGUAUGUCAGCCCGGCGCCUGGCUUGUUCGAGGGCGGCGGCAUGUCUGAUAUGGCUUCAGGCUUUGGUGGCCAUGGUGGCCAUGGUGGCCGUGACCGCCGCGGGCGCCAGAGAAAGGCCUUUGAUGGACACUUCCGCUAAAUAAAUGUUUAAUGCUAUUGUGCUUUUCAGUUAGUAGUUAAAUGUAAAAUGUAGUUAUUUUUUCCAAGCCG